GCAGCUGGGCGGUCGCAGCGCGCUCGCCUCCCUAGCUCCACGCGCGCCCGGACGCGGCGGCCAGGCUUGCACGCUGCUCUCCUCCUAGUGGGCGGACUCCUGGGCAAGAUGAAGUGGGUGUGGGCGCUCUUGCUGCUGGCGGUGCUGGGCAGCAGCCGGGCGGAGCACGACUGCCGGGUGAGCAGCUUCCGAGUCAAGGAGAACUUCGACAAGGCUCGCUUCUCCGGGACUUGGUACGCCAUGGCCAAGAAGGACCCCGAGGGCCUCUUUCUGCAGGACAACAUCGUCGCCGAGUUCUCCGUGGACGAGACCGGCCAGAUGAGCGCCACGGCCAAGGGCCGAGUCCGUCUUUUGAAUAACUGGGACGUGUGCGCAGACAUGGUGGGCACCUUCACAGACACCGAGGACCCUGCCAAGUUCAAGAUGAAGUACUGGGGCGUAGCCUCCUUUCUCCAGAAAGGAAAUGAUGACCACUGGAUCAUCGACACGGACUACGACACGUUCGCCGUGCAGUACUCGUGCCGCCUCCUGAACCUCGACGGCACGUGUGCUGACAGCUACUCCUUCGUGUUUUCCCGUGACCCCAACGGCCUGCCCCCAGAGGCACAGAGGAUCAUAAGGCAGCGGCAGGAGGAGCUGUGCCUGGCCAGGCAGUACAGGCUGAUCGUCCACAACGGUUACUGUGAUGGCAAAUCAGAAAGAAACCUUUUGUAGCACCUUCAAGAAUCUAAUUUCGUCGGAACUUCUGAUUAGCUCUCAAUCUUCAGCUCUAUUUAUCUUAGGAGUGUAAUUUGCCCUUCUCUCCCUUUCCCUUCAGUUCCCAUAAAACCUUCAUGACACAUAAAGAUACUUGUGGGGGUCAGUGAAUCUACUUGCAGGCAAAUGUCUAUCUUUCCUGAAAGUUUCUGAGGCUGAUUCCAGACUCUGAUUCAUUAAAAUAAAGUUACCUGUGUCCUAUG